AUGGGCAGAAAAAAGAUCAGCAUCAGCGAGAUUGAAAACUCGCGCCAACGGACUGUGACUUUUGCUCGACGCCGCGCCGGACUGAUUAAAAAGGCCCACGAACUGAGCGUUCUUUGCGGAGUCAAAGUAGCCAUUGUCAUCUUUGACGCCAAAAACGCUAGCCAUGUCUAUGCGUCUUCUGGCGCACCAGAGGAUUUAUUUGCUCGGUACCUCAACAAGCAGUUUUUGACAAACGAAUCAAGAAAGCGCAAGGAGCAAGCCGAGACAGUCGAGGAGGAAACCGGCGGUACGUAUGGUUUCGACGACACAGGAUCCUUUAUCCGUCGCCGGCUGGCGGUUGUGAACGAAUACAAGGUAACCUCUGACGGGCCCAGUUCGGAAAACCUCCACGUCAAGUACACCAAGCAAUACCACAGCCCCAACACGCAAAACAAGCCCACGAUAGAUAGCCCCAACCAACCGCCGACCACCAACACCUUAAUCAAGCACCCAAAUACCCUGCUAAAUUGCAACACCAUCCCAGCUACAAUGCCCGGCAUGAUCAAGAUGCCUCUGCCUGUGCGUUCCACUUCGCUCGUCAAGCGCGGCACAGCGUCGGCUGCGCCUAACAGCAGUCCCGGAAUGGCACAGAUGCCUUUCCAACAAGCUGGACAGGGCCGGGUGAUGUCUGCCAUUGAUUCCAUUGCCCAUCUAGGUAUGCAGCAACAGCAGCACCAGCAGCAGCAACAUAGCCAGUUUUCUGGUGGCGUAGAGUUGAUGUCUGCUGGUGAUCUUUCAUCGCUCGGUUUGCUUUCUCACCAUGGGAUGGGAUCUAGACCACCGGUCAAUAUGGCUUUUGACAGUCAGCCUAUGGACCUCCAGUGCGUUCGCAGUAUGCUGGGGAUCAUAGAUAAUAAAGUUUGGGACGGCGGCAGUCCGAUUAGUAUGUCGGGGAGCAGCAAUGGCAGCAAUGUCGGCUUUAACGUUAAAAAUUCUGUAAACAGUCCCAUGAUCCGCACCGAUACCACUGGCGGAGGAGAGAGAGGAGGGGAGCCGAAAGCUAAACGACCUAAAUCCCAGUCCUUCUCACGCCACAAUUUCCAAACACCCCUACCGCAAACACCAGGAAUAAUGGGCUCUGCUUCCAACCAGUCCUUCGCGGCCAUUCCUCCUCCCAGAAAGCCCAGCGCGCCGAGUGAUUUCAACGAGUCACUGUUGGACAACUUCUUUGCCAACCCGGAGCUAGCCGAGCUUUUGCAAAAAACUUGGCAGGGCAACAGCAACAGCAACAGCAGCAGCAGUGGUGGUGGCAGCAAUAGUGAUCAGCAGCAAGUUGAAUCUCGGGCAGCACUAGCAGCGACCAACAGCCAUCAGAACUCCUGGAUACAUCCACACAUGGGAUUCACAGCCCAGGCAGCCGGCAACACUCUAGGAGGCGGCUACGAGUCAGCGGUAAACCAUAGCUCUGUGGAUAGUGGUAACACGCGCAUGGGGUACGAUGGCGCUGUAAUCGAUGACGAUGAGCACAUGGAUUCUUCCUCCGAGUCAUCGUCUUCAGACACAGAUAUCGACAUUGACUGUGGCUCUGAAGAUGACCAGCUGAACGAUCUGCCAAAGCAAAACUUGCCAGCGACAAUGGCAGCAGCAGCGCCAGCUUCGAUGCAGCAGUUUUACGCGCCCGCUGCGGGUAAUUCUAAUCCUAUGGACAUGCCUGGGCGCAACGAGGAUUACACGAGACUGUGCGCCAGCAUUGAGCUCCAGACGCCGGCGUCGACAUCGAUGGCAGGGCAGGCGACAAAUGUGCCUGCGCUAUAUCGUGCUGACAACGCCAUGUUGCAAGGGGCGUUUGACUUUGCGUCGUUGAAUAGCAUUCCAGGGGUCUACCUGUCCAACGGGAACUACAUGAUGCUCCAGGGCCAGGAUACUAACAACCACCAAUAUGCCAACCAACAGUGCGGAUUCCCAUCUGAUAUGCCUUUUGCGAUUCAAGACGGCAAAGUAUUCUAA